AUGAUAGGGAGGCCUGAGGUGAGGUGCUUCUUCUAUGGCAAGCGCAGACGGAAAACGAAAGGUGGAGCUAAGUCUGCGCUUGAUUGGUCAAAGAAGCAGAGGAAGAAGAAAAUGAAUGGGAAUAAGAAUGGAGGAGGAGCAGGGUUUGGUGGGAUUGUGGGUGAAUACAUUCGAAGGCAUCACAAGCACGACCCCAAAGACCAUCAGUGUACCUCUACGCUCGUCAGGCACAUCAAAGCCCCUGUUCAUCUUGUUUGGUCAUUGGUAAGACGAUUUGAUCAACCGCAAAAGUAUAAGCCAUUUGUCAGCAGGUGUGUGGUGCAGGGGAAUCUUGAGAUUGGAAGUCUCAGAGAAGUUGAUGUUAAGUCUGGGCUUCCUGCCACUACUAGUACUGAAAGAUUGGAACUUCUUGAUGAUGAUGAACAUAUUCUUAGCAUUAAAAUUAUCGGUGGGGAUCACAGACUUAGGAACUACUCUUCCAUCAUCUCCCUUCAUCCAGAGAUCAUUGAUGGAAGACCAGGGACCGUGGUGAUCGAGUCAUUUGUGGUUGACGUGCCUGAAGGGAACACUAAGGAUGAGACCUGCUACUUUGUGGAAGCCUUGAUCCAGUGCAAUCUCAAAUCACUUUGUGAUGUCUCAGAGCGGCGUGCAGUGCAGGACCGCACUGAGCCAAUCGAUCGGCUCUGA